AUGAAGGUCUCCGCCCUUGUGCCUCUGGCAGCUCUCUGCAGCCCGCUUCUUGUCGCAUGCCAGGAAGAAGCAGCAGCGGCAUACGCACCGACUCUGGGCGCAUGUCCCGAGGGUGUGUCCUUGAUCCGAAAUGCCGGCAGUGGCUCCAGGCAGACACUCAGCGCGGACGAGUAUGUCUAUAUAUCCGGCAGGGAGGAGAAGGUGCUCCCGGACGCGUGGCGCUUCUACCUCGACACCGUCACCGAGAGCGUGCGCGAUUUAGUGGACAUGCCCGCGUAUGUCUCUGAGAUCCUAGACGGCUCAUAUGGAUAUUCGGGAUACCCGAGGUUCGGAAUCGCGACCAGUGGAGGCGGAUACCGGGCCGCUAUUUUCGGGGCGGGGGUCCUGAACGCUCUUGAUGGACGCAACACAAGCUCUCUCAAGGCUGGCACGGGCGGAUUGCUACAGUCUGCCACAUACCUUGCUGGACUGUCGGGCGGAAACUUGCUCGUCACAUCUCUCGCGCAGGCGAACUUCCCCACAUUCUCUGAUCUGAUUUUUGGGUCUUCUGAUGAGAACGUAAAUUCUUGGGGUGGAUGGAACGCAGAAAUCGAUCUACUGGAUGUGAGCACGAACGCGACUGUUGACGAGGAUUACUUGAUCCAGCUGGUCGAAGAGAUCGUCGGGAAGUACGAAAUGGGAUUCCCGGUCACUAUCUGCGACGUUUGGGCUCGGACGCUCUCUCGACAUUUCGUAAAUGGCACGAAUCUGGAGGACUUUUCCAACCCGGAUCUCACCCACGGCGCGGGCGUGACCUUCUCCUCAAUCGCCACCGUAGACUCAUUCGUGAACUACGAGCAGCCGUUCCCAAUCAUUGUCAUUGAUUCAUUAUCCCCCAAUGGAAAUGCCUCGAACAUAUUGAAUCAAUCGGGCUUGGCGGUGCCGUUGACGAAUCCUAUAUACGAGGUUAAUGCGUAUGAGAUGGGAUCCUUCGAUCCUAUGCUAUCUGCGUUCACGCCGACGAAAUAUCUUGGUUCACCUGGAAACGGCGAGUGCGCCACUGGGUUCGACCAACUAUCGUUUAUUCAAGGAUUGUCUUCCAACGAAUUUAAUCUAUACAAUACCUCGGCAUCUGCUCUGCAGGCCUCCCCAAUUGGACCAAUCCUCGAAGUGUUCGAAGCCAUCAUACCCGAAUCUGGGAUCGAUCUUACCGUAGGGCUGGUGCCGAAUCCGUUCUAUGGGCAGUCACCGGAGACGUAUAUUGACAGCAACGAAACCUUGCUUCAGCUAGUUGAUGGCGGCGAGGACGGCGAGGUGGUCCCCUUCCUGCCCUUGUUGGUCAAGGCGCGCGAGGUGGAGGUGAUCUUCGCCAUUGAUGCGGCGGCGGAUACGGAGGAAAAUUGGGCUGAUGGGAGUUCAAUUAUCUCAACGCAAGAUCGCGUCGCAUUCUUCCCGAAUUCCUACUCGUUUCCCCCGGUGCCUCCCCUUCAGGCUACCUUCCUCGCGGAAGGUCUUACCAAACGGCCGACAUUCUUUGGCUGCUCCAGCACCGUCGCUUCCGGUGAUCCGCUUGUGAUCUACCUAGCUAAUGGUGGACCGCCCCUCGGUCAGCCAGCAAUGACAAACACGUCAACGGACCAGUUUACAUACUAUGCUGAUGAGCUUGACGGCAUGCUGUCUCAGGCAUUCGACGUGGCCACUCAGGGCAUCGCGGACGGGACUAAGGAUGCAGAGUGGGCGGCAUGCUUAGCGUGUGCGGUGGUGGAUCGUGCGCGACGACGGGAGGGGAUCGCGCGCAGUGGAGUGUGCGAGAGCUGUUUGGAUAGGUAUUGCUGGGAUUAG